CUGCGUUCCUCACCCGCCAGCUUUUGCCUGAACCUUACAAGCUUCUGAGAUGAAGAACCCGGAGGAAGCGGCGGACGGGAAGCAGCGUAUUCACCUGCGCCCUGGCUCGCUGCGGGGCGCCGCACCGGCUAAGCUGCACCUCCUGCCCUGCGACGUUCUGGCCAGCCGGCCCGCCCUGGUAGAUCGCUUCUUCACGCCCGCCGUCCGCCACGAUGCAGACGGGCUACAGGUGUCGUUUCGCGGUCGCGGCCUGCGGGGCGAGGAGGUAGCUGUGCCGCCAGGGUUUGCGGGAUUCGUGAUGGUGACGGAGGAGAAGGGAGAGGGGUUGAUAGGGAAACUGAACUUCCCCCGGGACGCGGAGGACAAAGCGGACGAGGCGCAGGAGCCGCUGGAGCGGGACUUCGAUCGCCUUAUGGGGGCCACCGGCAGCUUCAGCCAUUUCACCUUGUGGGGUCUGGAAACGGUCCCGGGUCCAGAUGCCAAAGUGCAUAGGGCCCUAGGUUGGCCCAGCCUCGCAGCAGCGCUCCGGUGGCUGGCGACUCAUUAGACCCCUGACUGACCUUGGACUCAGGAGUUUUGUGAGUGCUGGGAUGAUAGGCACACACACCUCCAAGCUCUGAUGACGCUUCCUGCGAACCCUGCUGACCCCCUCUGUUACUGGGAUCUGAGUAGCUGUCAUGUCUGCUCUGCCCUGACAGUGACCUCUCAGGAAAGGAAAUUUCUCCAAAUCCCAGUUUUCUGUACAUUCCCUGCUCUGUGUCAAGAAUUCAAUAAACACAGUGAACUGAUCAUAGCCAGAAUGGUCA